GCCCGAACAGUUCAGUUCAGGAAGAAGAAAUAAUGGCGACGCUUCUGGGGUCCGAGUCCCCUUGUACUGGAGGAAAACGAAGAAAUUGCAACAAUAAUAUUGUCACAAAGUUCACGGCCAGUAAGAUUACUGGCCAGGGUUACAGUCGAGGGACACAGCUCCCAGGAGGCCUGCUCCAGGAGAGAGAUAAACGGGCCAAGUGGAAUGGCAUCCCUACUCUGCUGCAGAAGCUCUACGAGAGCAGCCAUCCCAACAGUGACCUCUCCCAUGCCCACAACUUUCUUAAGGUAUUAUCAUCCCAUCUCUCCAUGGAGGCCAUGUCUUUUGUCACAGAGGACAGGAAGACCGCUCAGGAAUCCACCUUCCCCAACACAUACACCUUUGACCUCUUUGGUGGAGUUGAUCUGCUUGUGGAGAUCUUGAUGAGACCUACACUAACUAUGCAGAAGAAAAAACCCAAAAUGAAUGAUGACUUGGUUAAGGACUGCCUUAGUGUUCUCUACAACUGUUGUAUAUGUACGGAGGGGGUCACGAAGAGCCUGGCAGCGAGGGAUGACUUUGUUCUGUUUCUCUUCACCCUGAUGACAAACAAGAAGACCUUCCUACAGACUGCUACUCUAAUUGAAGAUAUUCUUGGAGUCAAAAAGGAGAUGAUCCAGUUAGAAGGCAUCCCCAACCUGUCAGGCCUGGUCCAAAGCUUUGACCAACAACAGCUGGCCAACUUCUGCCGCAUCCUGUCUGUCACCAUCUCAGAACCUGAUGUAGGGAACGAUGACAAGCACACCCUGCUCGCCAAAAAUGCCCAGCAGAAACGCAAUGCUAGCCCCUCACGGGCAGAGGUCAACCAGGUAACCCUGCUGAACAUCCCUGGGUUCAUUGAACGGCUGUGUAAGCUGGCCACUAGAAAGGUGUCUGAGGCCACAGGAGCGAACUUCCUGCAGGAGCUGGAGGACUGGUACACAUGGCUGGACAAUGCUCUGGUGCUGGAUGCCCUUAUGCAGAUGGCUACUGAGGACGCUGAACAAAGCAGUACAGAGUCAUCAGAUGAGAGUUCCUUGGCCACCAGCCCGCUGAGACAUCGACUGCCCCAGUCCAUGAAGAUCGUCCAUGAAAUCAUGUAUAAAGUGGAAGUGCUCUAUGUGCUAUGUGUCCUUCUCAUGGGCCGACAGAGGAACCAGGUGCACAAGAUGCUGGCUGAGUUUCGUCUCAUCCCAGGGCUCAAUAACCUUUUUGACAAGCUAAUCUGGAGGAAAUACACUGCUUCAAAUCAUGUGGUGCACGGCCAGAAUGAGAACUGCGACUGUAGUCCAGAAAUUUCCUUCAAAAUCCAGUUUUUGCGGCUACUCCAGAGUUUCAGUGAUCACCAUGAGAACAAGUACCUCCUGCUGAAUAGCCAGGAGCUGAAUGAACUGAGUGCCAUAUCCAUGAAGGCUAACAUCCCUGAGGUGGAAGCUCUGGUCAACACAGACAGAAGCCUAGUGUGUGAUGGGAAGAAAGGCCUCCUCACACGCCUCCUCGCUGUCAUGAAGAGGGAGCCUCCAGACUCCUCCUUCAGAUUCUGGCAGGCGAGGGCAGUGGAAAGUUUUCUCAGAGGAGCCACCUCCUAUGCAGACCAAAUGUUCCUCCUGAAGAGGGGAUUACUAGAGCACAUCCUGUUCUGUAUCAUAGAUAGUGGCUGUACCUCCCGAGAUGUCCUACAGAGCUACUUUGAUCUUCUGGGAGAGCUCAUGAAGUUCAACAUUGAUGCCUUCAAAAGAUUCAACAAAUAUGUCAACACUCCAGAGAAGUUUCAGACCUUCCUGACGCAGAUCAACAGCUCUUUGGUGGACUCUAACAUGCUGGUGCGCUGCAUUGUCCUGUCAUUGGACCGCUUUGAGAGCCAGACUGAAGAUGUCAAAGUGGUGGAGGUACUGUCUGAGUGCUGCCUGCUGUCCUACAUGGCCAGAGUUGAGAACAGGCUUUCCUUCCUCUUUCGACUGAUCACGAUCAUCAACGUACAGACUCUCACACAGGAGAAUGUGAGCUGUUUAAACACCAGUUUGGUGAUCUUGAUGCUGGCCAGAAGAAAGGCUAAACUGCCCUUCUACCUCAACGCCCUACGGGAGAAGGAAUAUGCUGAGAAGUACCCGGGCUGCCUGCUCAACAACUUCCACAACCUACUGCGCUUCUGGCAGCGCCACUACCUCAACAAGGACAAAGAUAGCACCUGUCUGGAGAAUAGCUCCUGUAUCCCCUUCAGCUACUGGAAGGAGACGGUGUCAGUGCUGCUGGGCUCAGACAGGACUUCUCUGUGUGCCAUAGCGAGCUACAUUGAUGAGCCCUUCAUGGAUCUGGACAGAGACCUGCUGGAAGAUUGACCUCCAGCAUGUGCACUCACUGCGCUGGGGGUGGGACAGGGCAGAGGGUCACAGGGAGCAUGGACACCUAAAGCUGGUGACAACUCUACUUAUCUGAGCCAUCCAGGUGCUUUGUGACUGCGUUUCUGGAUGUAAAGACUCACCUGUUUGCUGUCUGUACCUACGCAUGGAGGCUGUCAUCACAGAUGUAAGGGGACAUAAUUUGCCCGGCGUUCGUCCUCUCACUGAGUUACUGCUCUUCUUCAAAGGAAACCUGUUUGCCCAUCCCAGAUCACCAACAUCGUAUAACAGACAAUUAAAAGACUUGAGGAAUGACACCUGCAUUGGUUGUUUGCUUUAGGUGAAAUUCAGAUAGAGCCUUUUAUAUAACCUAUACAAAAUUCUAUGAAAAAAAUAUGUAUGAUUCAACAAAUUAUAUGUUAGAAAAAAAAAUUCUUUUCACAUGGACUUGGUUUGGAAAUGGCCACAGAUUAAACUGUCACCCAGAUGUGCAGGUCAGUGGUGCGUCACAGGGCUGCCAGGAGGGAGCGGCCUCAACCUCCCACUACCUACACACUCUCUGUUGACUCCAUGCCACUCCACUUCCUGACCAGUGGAGAAAACUGGUAAAAUUGGAGUUUUUGCAGGGGUCUUCUCAAUGAACAGCAUUUUCAUUUAACCUGUCUGUGGGUCUAUUUUAUUAGGUGGCUUGUUGUUGAUUGGUGCUUUCUGGCUCUACUUGGAACAUUUAGGUAGCUUGUGGGCCGGCUGACAUGUUUCACAAAUCACACGGGGCUCCUCUCACCUAAAACCAUCCACUCUGUUGUGGCUUCAGAAGCUUCACCCAGGGACUCGUCUCUUUUCCAGGUUAUUUUUGCUGAUUUAUUUUUGUGUUGUUGAAAACAAUGGCUUUUAGCUCUGGAUAAACUGUAGAAUAAAACAUUGCACAGAUGAAAUUGUUUUUAUUGUUUAUUAUAUCUUAACACAUUUGUUAAUUAAAAAAACCUUCAUUUUGUAACAGAAUUUGUAUCCGUGCUGUGAGAGAUGCUUUGGGAAGAGAAUAAACUAUGCAGGUGCUAGUGUUAAGAUACCACUUUAAUUGUUCCAGUCCACACAAAGUUUGUUUUAUGUGAAUUAGCCUUCAGCCCAUCACCGUCAUCAUUGGAUUUAAAGUCUACCACUUUCUCUGGUAUUUCUCAAAAUCUCAGACUACAAUCUGAGAAUGACAAUCUUUCCAUGUGAUGGCUCUUUUUGCUCGGUGCCACCACUCUAUCUUUAGUUUGGAUUGAGAAGAAGCAGAGAGCACGGCUGUGUUGAUGUGUCCAUGGCCUGAAUGUGCAGCUGUUUAGUGGAAAUGGAAGAUGCGGAGCUGAACAGAUAUUUGGUGUCCCAAAUUAAAACAGGCCGAACCCGUGAUAAGUACAAAUGAAUGAGCUACCUCAUAUUCUAUCCGGAUACCGUACAGAUCAAAUCACUUAAAAUGACAAGUGUAGAGUUUUACUCCCAACAUGUCAUGAGUCGUACUACAUGUUCAUGUGAAUGUAUAUGGGCAUUUAUACAGUUGGCCCCUGAUGCCAUGAGUUAUUAGUGCUAUGCCGCCUUGGGAUGCAAACACACGUCCUUUUAACACGUUUGAAGCCUUUUAUUUGCUUUGAAGCUAAUUAACCAGAAAUGUUUCCUUGUUUUCUAGCUUUCAUUCAGCAUGUCUUAAAAAUCUCUUGAUGGGUGUGCACAUACUUUGAAUUAGUUCAUCUUUUGUGCUUUGCAGUGAAGUUAAUGCAAUUGCACUUCGCAAGUGCUUCUCUCUUACACAUUCACUUUCUUGCUGGAUGCCCAAGAUAAAUGCUAAUGUCUAACAUGAUGUGAUUUGACACAGGGUACUUCUGCAGUGAUGUUGCGUUGUUAGUACUGAUCAUGUAUUAUCAUGGAUCUUAAUCCCACUUAUCACUUCAGUCAUCCACCACAGACGUCAAUGAAGCUAUUGCUAUAAAAACAUGAAUGUUGUCAGCAACUACAUAAACAAUCCCUGACUUCUGUAGCUUUGUGAUCUGAAUUUCUGAGACUGAUCCCUCUGUAUGAUGCACAGGAGAAUUGGUUCUCAGCAGUUGUGUAUGUGGUGUUUUGCUCCUAGAAGGCCUUAGAUUCCAUUAAAUCAUUAGUUUGUAUAGAAAACGGUGAAAUCUUAUCCUCUUGGCCAAGAACAUGCUGCAUAGUGUUUAAUACAACACACAAUUUGACUUUUACUUUAGGUCCCUGAUAUUUUGACUUUGUUAACUGUAGAUUUAUGUAAUGUUUGGCAUGAUGAGAAUAUUAUUAGACACGUGUUGCAGCCAUUUCUGAACUCACUCAAAACUCGGACCAUGUGGUGCUUUUUUGAUCAAAUAUGAUUGUAUCUCACUUCACCAGGAUCAACAGCAUCUGUGGAAAUUAUGAUGAAAAGAAACUAUUACGAGAUGCUGAUAGUGGAUAGUUCGUGAUGAAACUCUCAAAUGGUUGUUAAAAAUUCACUUCUGCACACGUCUUACUAAUCCUGUGUGACCAUCAAACAAACAGAGAAGAUUCAUGUUUCAGUUUCACAUUCAGCUAUAACCACUUCUGUAACCAGCUUUAAUCCUCAUGGUACUCCUCUAAUGCUGGUGUUUAACUUCAUUUUCCUUAUUUAACAACUGUUUGUCAAAUUAAUAAUAUAAUAAAUUCUUCUUUAGACCUUC